AAUAAUAGAGCAUGUUGAUAAAAAAGAUUGAAAAAUUAAAGGAAAGCAAUUAAGCAAUUAGAAGGCGGGCUCGGCCACUGCAUCAGCCAAGAGCCGCCGGGCGCUGAGGCGACGAGAAGGGUGAGUUGAACAGGUCAUCGUCAUCCUCCUCCUCCAGCGGACCAAUCCACUCCCACACGCGCAUAGGCUCUCCACGCACAGCCGUCGUGCGGCAGCGCACGUUGGCGUUACGCUCAACCACGCGGCGCACACGCUCCCACACGCUGGCCCUGGCGCGCGGGUCGUAGUACGCGACAGGCGAAGCAACAAGCGACUCGCGGUGGCGGGAGCGGGAGCGGCUCUGCUGCGCAGACGGCUCGGCCAGGCGGUCGCCGUUGCUGCUGGGCGGCGGCGAGCCGGACGACAGCAGCAGCAGGUCGCGCAGCUGCAGCGAGGGAUGGCCGGCGACGGCGACAGCGCCGGGUCAAGGUAAUGGCGGCGCGCCUGGCGCUUCAGCCGCAGCAGCGCACUGACCACGAGCGCGUCGGCCGCGCGGACUUCCGCGCGGUGCGCGGCCAGGCGGCGCGACGCGACCAGCGCAACGACGCCGAGGCCGACGGCCGACAGCAGCCGCCGCACGUUGCCCAGCACCAGCGCCAGCGCCAGCCGCCGCGCGCGGCACAGCGGCGGCAGCUGCGCACGCCGCGCCACAAAGUACGCCACCUCGGCGCCAGCCUCCGCGUCAUCGCCGUCGGCGUCGGCCUCGAACUCCAGCACCACAGGCGUCACAGCGUCGCCGCGCGCGUUCGUCAGCUCGUCGACCGCGCGCUGGAACAGCGCGUCGAACUGCGCGUCCGACAGGCGCGGCGCCUUACGCGCGGCCAGCGCGCGCCGAAGCUCAGGCACGCUGACGCCGAGCCGCUCGACCUCGUCGGCCUCGUCGGCCUCGUCGUGCUCUGCGUCCGCCAGCGGCUGGCGCAUCAGCUCGCGCGCCUGCUCGUACAGCGACUGCGCACACUGCGCCGAGCCGCGCCGCUCGCUGCACAGCUGCACCAUGGCGUCGGCCAGCUGCCGCACGCGGUUCUCGGUCGAUACGUCGCGCACGCACUCGGGCACAGCCGGAAGCAGCCGCAGCGCCAGCCGCGGCACCGGCGGGAACCGCAGCACGUGGCCGGCGUCACACGUCAUCACCGCACGCAUGCCGCUGGCGCUGCCGUCGGCAUGCGGUGCCAGCCACUGUGCGCCCGACGCGUCGGCCACGGCGCGCUGCGCGUCGAUGGCCACAAACGGCGCGCACGACGCGUGCUCGGGGCACUGCAGCGGCGGCGGCGCCAGGUACGCCGCACGCACAAGCUGCGCAACGUAGCGCGCGCGCUCAGACAGCGGCGCGCUCAGCGUGUCGAUCGGCUGCGGCGGCGCCAGAAUGCUGUCGGUCGGUGGCUGCAGCGGCGACGCGUCGGCACGCGUGCUGCCGAAGCCGAUGCCGAACUGCGUGUGCGUGCGCCAGCCCAGCGCCGCGAUGCUGAUCAGUGCACAGACACGACGCGUCGCGCCAGCGACGACCGGCGCACGGGCUGCGCCGGCUCAGCGGCAGCCAGCGGCAGCCGCAGCUGUGGCCGGGAUGGCCGGGAUGCCGCGCGCUUCGCCGAUGCUGUCUGCGAUCGACGCGACCGACGAGCGGCGCGAGUGGAGCUGCUUGGGCGACUCGGCGUGCUGGCGCAGCGUGGCCACGCGCCGCCGCUGCAGCGAAUGGAUGUCGUCGGACGCCGCCACGCUAGGCGACACGGGCGGCAGGCCGCUGGCAACUGUGCGGCGCCGAACCGCCUCGGGCGGCGAGCCCAGCGACAUCUGCCGUAGCGCGUCGGGCGUCAUCGUGAAUCGGCUCGGCGAGUGGAACGCCGACUGGUAUGCGGGCGCCGACUCGGGCGACACCGCCAGGUCGAACUUGGGCGGCGCCGCCGAUGGGGUCAGGCUUGGUGCGCCGUGCUUCCUGCUUAGCUUGCUGGCGGCAGGUGAGGGCGAUCUGAUCAGCGGCGAUCUGAUCUGGCUCUGAUCCUGGCCCUGGCCCUGGCCC